AUGACACCUUUCGUUGUUGAACUGUAGUGUAGUUGAAUUCUUCAAAUUCUAUCCUAACUUCUCAGAGUUGACAAGACGUGUUGAAUGUUGAUAUCUGUUGUGACUCUUUAGUACUUAUUACAAUUUUUAAUCUAGAAUCAAAAUUAUUUCACUCUCAUGGAACCGGAAAAGUCUAAACCUAAAAUCGUCGUGUUGGCGUCGUGUUGUGUUGAUUUUAUAACCUACGCACCUAGGCUUCCUUUGCCGGGUGAAACACUUCAAGGAGAUAAAUUUACGACCGGUUUUGGGGGGAAAGGAGCAAAUCAAUGUGUCGCUGCUGCUAAGUUGGGAGGCGAUUGUCAUAUUAUUUGCAGAAUUGGAGAUGAUGACUGGGGUAUUAAGUAUAAAGAAAAUUUAAUAAGCUUUGGCAUCGAUGUAACCCAUGCAAAGAUAACCAAAGGGGUGUCUACUGGUAUUGCACAAAUAUCUGUCGCUGCAAAUGGAGAAAAUCACAUUGUUAUAGUUCCCGGAGCAAACAAAUACUUGAGUACAUGUGAUGUUGAAGAAGCUAAAGUAUUAGUGGAAAACGCUGAUAUUCUCAUAAGCCAGCUUGAAACACCAUUGGAAACCACUUAUGAAGCAUUUAAAUUGUGCAGAGGGAUAAAACUCUUGAAUGCAGCACCAGCUAAUAUUAACAUCGUAGAGAUACUAAAAUAUUGCACUUUGCUUUGCGUCAAUGAGGUUGAGGCAUCAAUGCUCGUGGAAUUUGAGGUCACAAUCUCAAAUAUUAAACAUGCUCUUCAAAAAUUACUACUCUCGGGAUGUAAAGUUGCUGUCAUUACUCUGGGUGAGAAAGGUGCGGCUUAUUCGUCUGAAGAGGGAGAGUCUAUUUUUGUUCCUUGUAAGAAAGUUACUCCUAAAGAUACAACGGGCGCAGGAGAUGCAUUUGUCGGAGCAUUAGCAAAAUUUAUGGUGUCUCAUAGAGAUUAUCCGUUGCAUCAAAUAAUCGGCGCAGCAUGUGAUGUUGCUACUAAGUCAGUUACUAAGGAGGGCACACAAAUAAGUUUUCCAGAAAAAUAUGAUGCCUUUAAUGAAGUAUAUAAGUAUACAAUUUUAUAAAUGAAAUACAUACAUACAAUAUCUGAUAGAAUACACCUAUACUACAUAAUUCUAAUCAAAUAUAAAGUGAUAUCUAUU